GGAAAGAAGACGCUUUCACCAAGAAACUUUAACCUUUUUCUCAAUAACUUUCCCAUUCACCUUUCAAUAGGGAAACUGCCAGUCUGAUUUAUAUCAUUCGAGCUCUAUUUCAGCCAGUCAAAAGCCGAUCUAAUUGUCGCCUAUCCUACAUACUGCAUAAUAGCCAGGGGGUUAAUGUCUAUCCGCCACUAAGACCACGCUUACGCCUACAUGAGCAAAUCAACUCAAGAGCCAAUUGCAUUAUGAGAUGAGACGAGAUCCCGUUACACACGACUUCGAUGAGAAUAAGGGUACUUAUUCGUUAAUUGUAACUGUUCGAGUCGCGAAGACAACGAGCCUAUAACAACAACUACGUGAAAGUCUCAGCUUACCCAAUCCGGCAGCCCGCGAUAUUGACACUUUAAGUCAUCUUUCUUCGGUACCUUUAAUCGCAUUGACCGCAAUUUACUUACUAUCCAUGGGGAUCAUCGCAUAUAUCGCUAUCUUAUGAGGUUAAGAUGGCUCUCUCUACUCCAACAAGCAACGGCUCCCGUCGCUUCAACCCGCUUCCGUCUCCCGGUAAAAAUGAGACGCCUAGAUCGGUAGGGAUGGUAAGACCAAUAUUGCCUCAAAAAAGCGUGACGACUGCCUCUAUCGAUGAUGCGUAUGUGAGCUUUAUCCUAUACUGCAACCCGGCGGUUCCCUUAGAGACAGAUACGUUCGCGCUUAAAGAAGCCUUUCGAACCCCACCAAAAAGCGAAGGCAAGAGCUUCAGCACAUUUGCCUUGUUUGAGCUCAUCAAAAAGCUCCACUCGAAAGAGCUUAAGACGUGGGCGGAGUUGGCCUUAAAAUUGGGCGUCGAGCCUCCAGACCAUGACAAGGGACAAAGCUCUCAGAAGAUACAGCAAUACGCCGUUCGAUUAAAGCGAUGGAUGCACUCCAUGCAUAUCAACGCUUUCUUCGACUAUCUCAUGGAUAAUCCACAUCCGUAUUGGACCCAAAUCCCGACAGAUCCAAAUCCGGUUUGUGAAGACGGUAGAGAUGGUGUUGCUGCUGAAGACGACAUGGCUUUGCGUGCUUUGCUACCUCACAUUCGGCCGCGUCGAGGUCGGAAGAGACCAGAGGAAGACGGGUUUAGUAAAUCUCCCUCGCAAAGACCCAGGCUGGAAUCCCCGGCGUUUGGCGGGGAGCCUAGAACCGCUCGUCCGGACUCAUUAGAUCCGUGGACCGCCCACCCGGAUGGAAGAAAUUCAUUCAUGUUCCCAUCAGUCGAUCCAAGGUCAAGCGUGUUACCGGAAACGAAUUCGGCCUUCCCGUGGAGCAACGACGUCUCUCGCGAACCAAUGUCAGCCUAUCCCCAGUCUGCAAUGACACCGUCGACUCGAGGGACGUUCUGGGGCGAUACUGCAGAACCUCGUUCAGCCAUUAGUCCUAAAACCAAGGCUCUUGGGCGUCGUCAUGGAGCCAAGGUUGUUUCCUCCGCCUGGAGAAGCGGUGGCGUAUCUACGAGCGGCAGACCUCGUGGGCGACCUCCGACUAACCGACCUACCGAUAGUCCAUUAUCAGCGAUUCCGGACGAACGCAGAGAAUUUCAGGGCUCACUUUUCGAACAGAGCGCACCUCAGUCAAGUAUAACACCUACACCGAUGUUACCACCAGAAUCAGUGCCCAAGGCAGCAGGCCCUACCUCCGCGCCAACGUCGGCACCAGUGACGACACCGACAUCCGCUCUAGGUAACCGGCCCACUCGGCCGGGCCGCCUCUCUCUGCAGGUACCAGAGCGAGCUAGUGGACCGGUCAGAUUAGCGACACCUCCACCUCCGGUUGUCAUGGUAAACGGCAAAAGUCCGGUCAAUGGUAACGGGACUAAUGGCGGUGGUAAAAUGGCAGAUACACCCGGUGAGGAUGCGUUUACGGUAUUCGAUCGCACUUCAGCUAUGUUCACGGCUACAUCGACCGAUGAUCAUGGAAGCUCCGGGAUGCAUUUCGACCCCAAUGAUAGCGACCGGACGAACUGUGACGAGAUUGAGGCUAUGUUUGUUGCGGAUAUACUUGAGGGUGCCUGGUACGAUGAAAAGGGGCAGCUAGGUCCACCUGCCGACGUUGACGAAGCGAUGGCUCUGGUCAAGGUUGUCAUCGAAGGAAUAUCGAAACAAGCUCUAACGAAGGAGGCUUUCCUUAUUAACCUCUCGGCGCUCGCGGGUGUCAAGUAUAUGAUGAAGGCAGGCAGCACCUCGGUACAGAGAGCAGAGGUGGGCCCCGACUACACAAAGUACCACUGCGCCUGGGGUCUACGGUACGGCCCCAUAAGUGGGAAAUUCCGAUUGACAGAGACGGUUCCGCAUUCGCGGUGGAAGAAGGGCGCCCAACCUCCAGACGAGCGUCGGGAGAAGGCCGACAUCCCCGCCGAGGGCGAGGAGGCUGCGGAAUUCUGGCGUAGAAGAUACGCCGACCUCCUACGCGUCGUAAAUAAAAGAAGCGAGGAUACUACGCGGGUUGCUAAAGAACCACAGGAUAACGAGCGGUCGUAGCGGGUACGGGUUGGCAUUGUACAGGUGUUAUGUGUUGUAAGAGUAUAUCUACGGGCUUAUGAUUCAUGUAAGUUGGUUGAGAUUUAAAAGGCCUCCGAGCUCAUGUAUAUGUAAUUUUUGUUCUGAGAUACCCCCGAUCGCAUGUAUUAUCAGAUAUUAGGAAUCUAAAAACGUUUCUGGUUCAAGAGGCUGAGCACGCCGGCGGUUAGGCUGGUGGUACGUGAUAUGAUAUAUGGAUACUUCCGUUUCUUUAUCAACGGCGUAUUACUGGCGGAUUUACGCAUCUAGGGGCUAUAUGGCGUAUACCUACCACCUACCUAGGUACCUAGGCUAACUAGAUUAAAUAUGCAGGCUGUGCGUGCGGCCGACCUUGGGUGGG